CUAAGAGGGAUGUAACAAUACGUCGAGGCCACGCGCUGUUUUCUUCAUUACCAGCUGCAGUGGUCUAUUAGUUCGAGAUCAGCCGGAAUAGAACCACAACAUUUUGUGUUAUCCCUGCAUCUGUGGAACACCUUAUAAAGAUCUCCAUGGCAACUGUAAGUGAUAGCACAUCUGUAUCAACCUCAGGAAACCUGACAGCUGUGGAAAAUUUGACUAAAUUUGUACAGCUGGCGAACCUUACGCCUUCUGUAAUCUUCUUAAGUCUGCUGAUCCUGCUGGGACUUCCCGGCAACACUUUGAUCUUCUUCAUCUACUGGAGGUACUUCAAGGCCAGCUCCACAAGAGUGUUUGUCUUGUCUAUGGCCGUGACCGACUUGUUCACCAGUGCUCUGUCUUGUCCCAGUUACAUCAUCCAACUGCAUUAUCUGUAUCGUUUUGUGUACCCUUACAGCUGCGCCUCAAUUUUCGUCAUUCAGAGACUGCCAGUGGUGACGUCAGGCUGGCUUCUAGUGGCUGUAGCUCUGGAUCGACGGCAUCGUAUUUGUCAUCCAUUAAAACGACAGCUGAGCCCUCGCCAAGCCGUUUACCUUGUCAUCGUGUCUUUGAUUCUGUCCUCUGUAGCCACCUUCCCCUUCAUUCCUCUAAGGAGGGAAAUGACCGUGAGCUUUGGUGAUGACCAAGUCUUUGGUAAACGAUGUGAGAUCACUGACAGGUUCACUGGGACCGCACACAGAAUAGCUGAAAGAUGGACACUGAUGUUAAGUCUUGCCCUCGGUGUCUUGAUUAUGAUUUCGUCAUACGUGCACAUUGGUUACCAACUUUAUAGGCAGAAGAAAAGAAGAGAAAUAGCCUUAUAUAUGGAACUACAAGGUAAAUUUAGAAAGGAGGAGGACAAGAAUUGGAAGGGUUUUCUCGCCAAAGUAACCGAGGAUCAAGAGGUUAAAGUGAAAACAAAAGAUGCGUCAUCAGGUUUCAUUUCAGAGGAUUUUGUCGAGCUCAGCAAGGACGUCAAGACUACGACCAGCGAGUUCCUUUUGUCGCAGAAAGAAUUAGCGUCUGCAAAUAUGGAAACAGUGGAUACGUCACUAACUGUGAAAACAGAUGUUAGGAUGAUAACUGUGGGCACAGCUGCUACGUCACCAGGUGUAGAUGCAACUGUUCCGUCAUCAACUGUGGAAACCUUUGCUACGUCAGCAGGAGACCAUAGUACAGUUACAUCAGCAGGAGACAGUAGUACAGUCGCUGUACAUCUAGGAAAUUGUGACGUGAAAAAAACGAAGGAAUCAAAAAGUCGUCACAUGGGCACAAAGAUUCAGUCGAGAACAACGUUGAUGAUGUUCAUCAUCACCGUCACAGCCAUCGUCGCUUACUUACCUUACGUCGUUGUAGCAAGCACCAAUGAGGAUGAAUUUGCGUACUGCUUACAGAUGGAAAAAUGGAGAAUGAACUGGUGUAUGAUCGCUCUGUUGUUUAUAAACAUUAACAGCAUCGUCAACCCUUUCAUCUACAGUUUUUGUAACCCGGCCUUUCGUCACAAGUGUUGUCAGCUUUUGAACUUUCUGCGCAAUUUGCUUCCUGUUCGAUAAAAGCUCUGUAUAAAGCAGUCAUUAAAGAUUUUGAAUAGAAA